CAUUGUUACCAUCAGGCAUCUAACGUACUCAUGUACGUAAUAAUAUCACAGAGUCAUUAUUUCUUAAUUACAUUUUUUGACCUUUCGUCGUUUCGGUACUUUCAUCGCUGUUAAUAAAAGGCCUGUCCGCCUUGAAAUUGCAAAACCUGUUAGUUAAUGGUUCAUCUUUACACGUUUGUUAUUUGUGUACUUAAGUGUACAUAAAGUAGAUUUUACUCUCGUAGAAGUUAAUUAUAUUUCGACAACGAUUAGACAUUUAAUUAAUAUUGUAAACGAUGUACAAAGCCAACGUUUCGUUUAUUUGCGCGAUUGCUGCCUUCAUCCUUUUCAUCGAUCAUCAGAAGACCAUUGGGGCAGUUGCCGUUGAGAGGGUUAAAAGAGCCGAUGGUGAAAAAUAUACCACUAAAUACGAUAAUAUUGAUAUCGACAGGAUUUUGACUAACGAAAGACUGUUCAAAAAUUACAAGAACUGUAUACUUGAUAAAGGAAAAUGUACUCCAGACGGUCAGGAGUUAAAGAGUAAGUUUAUUUAACUUUAUUUAUUUUAA